AUGCUUUCCAAGUCCUUCGCCUCCGGUUCUAAACCGGGAAGCGUUCCUGCAGGAGGUGUUCUCGUCCCGUCGAGCUCGCAUUUCACUAAUCCUAGGGUCAGUGCGGGGCCUGUCUUCCCGCCCUCACCGGUUGCUGGUUUUGGUCAGUACCGGUCCAGCCCAGAGAUCCCUGUGCAGUGGUACCCAGUAGGUUUCCACCAAGGGGUUGGGUUUACAGGCCAGGCGUCCGGUUUCCGGUCACCCUUUCCCCCGGGCUCUGGGUAUACGGGUUGCUGCGGGCAUUCAACCUUGGGUCGCAAAGGCCAGCCUGAGGAUGGUUCUGGUUACCAGAAGUAUCCCAGCAGUUACGGGCCUAGCCCGUACAUGUCUGGGUGUCCACCUGGUGGGUGUGGUGGUACAUCCGUGUCUUUUGGACAGGGUGGCAAGCCCCAAACUCAGGCGGGCCAUGUUGGCCAGCUCUGGGGUCACUCCCAGCCCGCGGGACUAUUCCCAUUCCCUCAGGGGUUUGGGUUGUACCCUAUGGGUUUUCCGUCGUGGAAUCCCUGGGGGUUGGUCUCCCUCUAG